AUGACAGACACAUUGGCGAAUGUAUCGAAACUCAAGCCCGAGAUCCGCCUUGCGCGGGCCGUAUCCGCGUUCAAAGCAGUUCUAACGGCUGACCGCAAAGCAACGUUUGAUACAUCCAUUGCAAACCUUCAGGAUCAUCCUCCAAACGCAACCGAUGUCGCUCGCCUCACGGGUGAAAUUGAUCGCAAUGUGAAUCGGAAGACCAGGCGAUGUUUUGGCCCCCGCUUCAUGAAUGUCUUGCAAGCAGUGCAGCGGUACGCAUCGAUGGGCGAUAUAGUUAUUGGAGGGUCGCAGAACCUGGUUGCUUGUGGUGUUUGGGCCGCAGUCAGGUUGACAUUGACGGUCUGUAAUCCCGCUAAUGAACAUGUGAAGGUGUCUGACUUUUGGCCAGAUGCUAUCUCAGGGAGCUUCCUACUUGGAGAAAGUGUCGCUCUUGUUUAUGCAAGCGGAAGAAAUGCUCCACGGUACGAGGAUAUGGCGUUGCUUUAUCCGCGCUCGAAGAGACUACAGGAUGGACUUUGCGAGUAUUUCAUCGUUGUUGUAAAUCUGUGUCAACAUGCCGUCCAGUUUGUUCAAAAGUCCAUAAUCUCUCAGAUGACGUUCUCUAUGGCCGACUCGUCUUUAUUGACAUUCGAGAAAGAACUUCAACAAUGGUCGGUUUUCAUCAUGGAGGAAGUGGCUUUACUAUCAGCUCAAAGUGCUGAAGAGGAGGCGAAAGAGAAUUCUCGAUUCCGGAAGGUGAUGGUCACAUUUUCCACCUUCAAUGAACACCAGCAGAAGCUGGCCCGUAGGAUCCGGCUUCUUGACGCUUGUUCCACACAUGAUUAUCAGACUCCUUGGAAGCAGGCUCGGAAGCAGGCUCGGAAGCAAGGAACAACGACCUGGUUUGCAGCCACGGCUGAGUAUCAAAGAUGGAGGGAGUAG